AUGGCUUUCAGGCGCCCAUUGACGCUGUCUGCGAGGGCUUCGUUGCUGUCUCCGACAGCAGCCGUCGCUCGGUCUCGCACUGUUGCGGCGCUUCCCCGAUUUGAGAGCAUCCGCUCCUCCUCUAGCUCGACCUCUGCUCUGGCUUACAAGGCAUUGCACCGCCGCUCACCUCUGACCCUGCCGGUUGCCGACACCUCUUCCCAGUGGGAUGCUCCCACUGCUGUCUCGUCUAUCUUGUACGAGACCCCGGUGCCACCAACCAACCCUCCCAAGCGCCACAUCCUGAACUGUCUGGUUCAGAACGAGCCUGGUGUGCUCUCCCGCGUGUCCGGAAUUUUAGCCGCCCGUGGCUUCAACAUUGACAGUCUGGUCGUUUGCAACACUGAGGUUGAUGAUCUCUCCCGUAUGACCAUUGUGCUGCAGGGCCAGGACGGUGUCGUCGAGCAGGCUCGUCGUCAGCUGGAUGACCUUGUUCCCGUCUGGGCUGUGCUGGACUACACCGAGUCUGCUCUGGUCCAGCGCGAGCUUCUACUUGCCAAAGUCUCCAUCCUGGGUCCCGAGUUCUUUGAGGAAUUGCUCCAGCAUCACCGCGAGAUCACUACCCCGAGAAUCAGGGCCUUGCGUCACAAGCACGAGCAUUUGGAUGCUAUCACCCGCCUGACUCACCAGUUCGGCGGUAAGAUUCUGGAUAUCAGCACCAACAACUGCAUUGUCGAGGUCUCCGCUAAGCCCAGCCGUAUCGACUCCUUCCUCAAGCUGAUCGGUCCCUUUGGUAUCCUCGAGUCCACCCGUACCGGUCUCAUGGCUCUGCCCCGUUCCCCUCUGUCCGAGCCCACUGAGGAGAUUGAGAAGGAUGCCGCCGACGUUGUCGAUGCCAGCACCCUGCCCCCUGGUUAA